AUGCCGGUCAAAGGACUUCGAACGGUUACUACAGCCAGGAACGGCGUCGGUGCCUUUAUCCACCAAUGCAAGCGUCUUGACUUUCACUACUGCAACUAUGGCGGCAGCUCACGAGGCAUGCUCGCCUUCCUGACCCAAACCCUCCCCCAAUUUGCUCGCGAAAACCCUCAGAUUGAACUUCGAGUAUCUCCUCGACCUGGCAAACACCCUGUCAUCAAGGGCCAAUACAUCAACGGGCGUGAGAAGGCGAUCUGUGUGCGAAAUCUGGAGCCUUUCGAGGUCCUCAAGAAGGCAAUGAUCCUCAAGGACGCAAGUGGAGAGAAGUUGAAGCGAGUCAAGAAGCCGGUGACAAGUAUUACCGAGAGUGUACGUGGUAUCUGGUCACCAUACCACGGUGACCUGCGUGGUGUAUGA